AUGUUACCACAGUUUCUUAUAGAGUCCUGGUUAACGGCUAACCCCAACAUCAGUUUUUAUCCUGAGCGAGUUCUCCGCCAAGGGGAUCUCCUUUCACCUUACUUGUGUAUUUUAUUCGCAGAUGUUCUUUCAGGUAUUUUGAAGGUUUUCAAAGCUGUCUCAGAUCAGAAGGGGAAUCUGGACAAAUCUGAAGUCUCCUUCAGCCGUAAUGUAAAAAUUAAAGAGAGGGAAGGGAUUCAUACUAUGCUGGUGCGGAAAAAGUUGAAAGGGUGGAAGGAAAAGUUCCUUUCUAGGUCUGGGAAGGAGAUCCUCAUUAAGGCAGUUUCACAAGCUAUCCCUAAUUAUGUUAUAUGCUGCUACAAGCUCCCUGAACAGGUUUGUCACGAGCUGGAGGUGAUGUUGGCUAGGUUUUAG